AGCAGCAUAAACCCAUAGCCAAGCCAAGGCAAGGCGUGAUCGUCUUUUGCCGUCCGAGCUCCAGAGAAGGAACAAGUCCGCCAUGCCGUCACACAAGACGUUCAUGAUCAAGAAGAAGCUUGCUAAGAAGAUGAGGCAGAACAGGCCCAUUCCCAAUUGGAUUCGCAUGAGGACCGGUAACAAAAUCAGGUACAAUGCCAAGCGCAGACACUGGCGCAGAACCAAGCUUGGAUUUUGAGGUGUUAUUUUUGCGGUUUGUCUUAUUCAACAGACUUGAAAUGUUCUUAUUUUCAUUGUUAGCUUAAAAGAGAUGCACUUAGGCUUUACUUUAUCUGGGAUUUUGAUAAUACCCGUGCUUAUUGGCAGAGUUAUUUUUAGUUUACCUUCUAUGAACGUUUGAAUCCUUAAUGAGAAACCGCAAUUGGAAUCUGUUUCGGCUUC